AUGGCAUUGGAGGCGAUUGAAAAGCUGUUGAAGUCGAAGAAAACAAACUUUGUUAGUGAUGGUUUGCAAGCGAAAUGGGCACGUACCAUUCAAAGCCAUCUCGCCCUCAUUGUGAAGAGAGGCCACUCUUCAAUUGAAGCAUCAGAACGUGCUGCUGAAAGUCAUGGGUUCGCAGCUGCCUGGAGCGGCCGUCAACUGUGCAGUUGUACCCAUAACUGGGUGUCCAAACGGGAGCUCCCUCAGUCAUUGACUGGUCGUCACGCCAAGGUGUAUUCAUUGCUUGAUGACCCAGCAGUGGCUGCCGAGCUUCGCACUUAUGUUCGUUCGAACAAGUGGGCAAUCAAUCCUGAAAAGUUGGCAGAGUUUUCAAAGAGCAAGUUGAUACCCUCAGAAGCAGAAAAAUACCUUCACACCAUUGUCAAUGAUGAGAUGCCCCGUGGAUUGAAGCAGUACAUGGAGCUGGAGUUGUUUCCUCGAAUUCACCUCAAAAUCGGACGUGGAAUUUCGCUUGUCACCGCUCGUUGGUGGUUGCUCGAGAAGUUCAAGUUGCGAAAGAAAGGGGUGGACCAUGGACUCCAUCGCAGUGAUGUGAUCUGCUCCACAGUGGGACACCUGGUGGAUGCAGGUGAAUCAAUGGAGGAGUACAGCAAGAAUCAUGAAGGAUAUUGGAAUGGCGAGAUGUUUGUUAAGCAGCUCAACGAAAAAAUAAUCCCAACAUUUGAGCACAUUCACGGGCCAGGAUAUCAAGCAUUGUUCCUGAUUGAUAACUCACAGGGACACUCUGCAUAUGCCGAAGAUGCAUUGCUUGUUUCUCACAUGAACAUCAAUCCAGCAGGGAAGCAGGCUCACAUGCGAAAUGGAUGGUUCAUGUGUGAUGGCAUCCGGGUCGAACAGGAUAUGGUAUUUCCUCCGGACCAUCCACAAUUCCCAAAUGAACCCAAAGGAGUCAAGAAAUACCUCCGGGACAACUGCGACGGCACUUUCGAGACGUUGAAAAAGAAUAUGCCCUUAGCGAUGCAGUCUGUGCAGCUCCGUGCAAUCCGACUGUGGGAACAUCACAUGCACCGCUGGAUGGAGGCAUAUUGGACAGGCCUGGGGAUGAAAGAUGCUCAAUUUCGGGUCAAGCAAUUUAGUUCUACUAAGUAUAAGUCACAUAGAUGUGUUCAUGAGGCAGUGGCAUGUACUUUUGACUGA